AUGCUUGAGCACGCGUGCGCACUAGUACCUCUCCUCCAGCACAUGUACGGUUACAUAGCACCGGUCUCCGGUGCUGCAAUCAACGACUCCAGCGCGUGUGACGGCGAGGUGCGCUGGUCAAACCCUUACUGCGCCGACACUCUGGACGCAACGCACACGCUUGUCGAGCUGUCCAAGACAGACCACAACAGUUUCUGCGUCUCGUACCUGUGGACGUACCGCGACUUCCCAGGUGGCACGCUGGGUCUGGCGUACGUUGCAGAGCUCGAUGGGUUCGCAGGCAACGCGGGCGGCCUGUGUGAGAAGUUCCAGUCGGACGCUGCGAUGCAGUUAACCUCUGACUACACGGGCAGGGUUAGCUUGAACACGGGUGUCGUCACCUUCGUCAACAAGAACGUACGCGUGCCCCACCGGAUCUCCGAGGUCACCUUCGCCCAUGAACUGGGACACAACUUCGGUGCCCAGCACGACCCUCCCGAGUGUGUGCCCGGGGGCAGUGUGGGCAACUUCCUGAUGUUUGCCAGCGCCUCUCAUGGCACGAUGCCCAACAACCGGCACUUCUCCGUGUGCAGCAUUCGCGACAUCUCGGCCAUCCUCGCGCAGAUGUUUUCCGAACAGAGUCCCCGCUCAAACUGCCUCCAGGAGCUGCGGGGCCCGUUCUGCGGCAACUCUAUACGGGAGGAGGACGAAGAAUGCGACUGCGGCUACGACUGGCGCGACUGCCAGGAGCCUUGCUGCUACCCGCGUGAGCACGGCCUGCUCGACCGCAAGGGCUGCACGCUACGACCGGACGCCAAGUGCAGUCCCACGAACAGCGCCUGUUGCAGCGAGACCUGCCAGUACCGCAACGCGUCGUGGCUCUGCAGACAUGACGACGACUGCCGAUUCGAGGCCUACUGCGACGGGUGGAGCGGCGAGUGUCCCGCGUCGGCGCAGAAGCACGACGGCGUACUCUGCAACCACGGCACACAGGCUUGCGAUGCUGGCGAGUGCGUGCGCUCCGUGUGUAGCGUGUACGGCCUCGUCGAGUGCUACCUCACCGGGACGCAUCGGACGCCGGACGAGAUGUGCCUCAUCGCUUGCCGAGAGAACGUGUCCGACAGCGUUUGCAUGGAGGCGUGCCACUUCGAACGCAUGAAAGACUUCUGCAAGAAAAAGAUGGAGCCCGGGGCGCCGUGUGACGACCUGCGCGGCUACUGCGACGUCUUUCAGAGGUGCCGCCUGGUGGACGCCGAGGGAGCGCUCGCCCGUCUGCACAGGCUCGUUUUCGGUGGACGCGGCCUGCGCAGCGUAAUGGCGGAAUACUGGUACUUCACGCUGUUGGCCGUCUUGCUGGGCAGCGGAGCCACGGCGCUGUUCAUAAAGUGUUGCGCAGUGCAUACGCCCAGCAGCAACCCACACUUCAAGGGCCCACACAGCAUCGUCGAAACCAUGCGCCGACCCACGAGUUUGCUGCGCACGGGACUAUCCCCUGGCGCCACUUUACAGCUAUAG